ACGUGCACAGGGGGAAAUGGCUUGUAAGAAGCUACGGCCUAUAGUAUAUAGGCUAUGCAUUACAAGAUGAGAAUAUAAAAGGCCCUACGGCCCAAACCAAAAUCCCUCCACCACCUAUUUUGAAUUUGAAAAACUCUAUCCUUUCAAAAUUCAAUCCAUAAUUAACUCGUUUUCUAUUCCAAUAUUCUAAUUGCUAAGCGCGCUCUUUCAUACUCCAAUUCAAAUUAAUAAACAUUUCAAUUACGGAUCUGCUAUUCCCUUUUCUAAACCAUAUUAUCCAUUCCAUUCUACUUUCAUUCACUCCCUUGUCAACAAAGUUUCUGUCUUGGUUAUUAUUUAUUUAUUUAUUAUUAUUUUUUUGUUAGUUUUCGUUCAUGGGUUACUGCAAACCCUCUUCAAUUUAAAGUUUUUUUAAUACUUUUUGAAUUUUGUGCCAAUAAAGUAUUGGACUUGAACUGGGUUUCCAAGAUAAUGAAGAAUCAAAGUGAUUUACGGUUGCUCGGAUCUGAUUCUACGGUGAUUGGAGAGAAGCGAAGUAGUAGCAGAUUGGGAGAGAAACAAGAAAGUGCUCAUAAGCGGAUUAAAAUGAGAAAUCUUGAUUCCGUGUUGAGGUCUGAAGAAACCAGCACCCAUCAUUUGAAAAAUAUAGAAGCUAGUGACCAAUUUCAGUUUCGUGUAGAAAUUUCUCAAGUUACCAGUUUGCCUGUAACCUUGGAUCCGGAUGCUACGCAAGUAGAAAGACGUGGGAGGACUUCAUUAUCAGUCGAGGUCAAUUCUUCCCCUAGACCACUGGAUCUCAAUGGUGAAGCUUGUGUUGCUAAUAAUUCAGCAAGCAAUGAAAGUCCAGAAAACACUGAGACAUGUAAGAAAGUCUCCUUGCUUAAACAGCAUGAUAGAGAACAUGAAAGUAAAUAUGCAACCUCUGCAGGGAUUGGAUUGGAUCUCAAUGCAGAAGAUGUUACUAGCUCCAUGAAGCAGGAAUCAUUUCAUAAUUCCAAAAAUCACGAUCACUUGAAAUCAAAAAGGGAUGCUUCUGAGUGUGGGAGUACUACUAGUCCAGUUGAGGAGAAAGAUCCAUUGAGAGUUUGGAAGGAGAUGAAGCAAAAUGGUUUUCUCUCAUCUUCUCAUGGAGGCAUUUCGAUUCAAAGUGGUUUAACCUCAUCUUCACAUGGAGGAAUACCAAUGCCGAAGCAACGUGGGAGGAAAAGCAAGAAUGAUCUUCUCAAGAAAAAGAUGGAGCUUGCAAAGAAAGAACAAGUUGAUAGGUUCACGAAAAUUGCUGCUCCAAGUGGACUGUUAAAUGGAUUGAACCCUGGGAUUAUAAACCAUGUGAGGAACAAAAAACAGGUCCAUUCCAUAAUAGAGGCCUUAGUGAGGUCUGAAAAACUUGAAAAUGGUUGUGUUGAAGCCAAGCAUGAAAGGCAUCUAAAGACUCAAACUAAAGAAACCAGCAAUGUUAGUGAUUCCGUUAUACGUCUACUCAGUUUUUCUCAAGGAAAUGGGGAUUCAGCUAUUUUAUGUGGUAACAAACAAAUAGGAGGACACCAUAUAUUAACUGGAGAGUGUGACUCCAGCAUGGUAGAUAGGAUAUGUGGUAGAAAUUCUGUCUCAAAUUCCACUGCUGUCAUUGAGGAUGAUACAUUAGCACUUAAGUUAUCAACAUCAAGCAAGGUAUCUGAGGAAUCUAGAACUUUUUCUAAUGAGGAAUCGACAAAUGUCAUAAGCAUUUCUUCUCUUUCAGUAAGAGCUGCUAGCGUUGCUUCUCAAUGGCUAGAGCUUCUUCAUCAAGACAUUAAAGGGCGCCUCUCAGCAUUGCGACGCAGUAAGAAAAGAGUCCGAGCUGUAAUUACUACAGAGUUACCUUUUUUAAUAUCAAAAGAAUUCCCAUCUAAUGAAGAGAAUGAUCCUUUUAUGAUGAAAACUUCAUCCGAUGGACUGUCCGAUAAUGCAAUAUCUGCCAUGCAUCAAGCAAGAUGGAGCACAUUGUUUGAUCAGAUGGAUAAAGCGCUUUCUGAAGAAGAGAAACAACUUGAAAGUUGGUUGAUCCAGGUAAAAGAAAUGCAACUGCACUGUGAUGAGGGGCUGCAAAAUUUUCAUUGGAACUCCAUUUUUGGUUUCCAACAGCAGGAAACAUCAGAAAAUUACCAAAGGAAAGUUGACAGCUCUGAGAGAGAAAUAGCAGUUAGAGCAGCUGCAGCCUCUAUCUAUUCGACCUGCAGUUUUCUGAUGUCAAAGGAGAACGUAUCCUGUUUCUGAUCUCGUUAACAAAUACCUUUCCCCCCCCCUCCUCCCCCCCCCUUUCAACCUAUCUUAUUGUGGUGACUUGCCUAAUACUGAACCUUGAAAUGUCCAUGUGCAUUUAGCAAACUACUGAUUAGGCGUUCAAAUUUGCAAGGCUAAGCAGCUUAUCAAGUCUGCAACAUUAGGAGAGGAACGCUUUUGACCUUUUCUCUUGUUUUAAAUUUAUCUGCCAGCAGUAUCAGAGCAGUGGUAGAAUAAUAAAAUCCUUCAUGUAAUUCUUUUCUUGGUUUUUAUCUGAGUGUAGAAUGAUUUAGAAUUUUUAACCGUUAUUCAUGAUAAUCUUACUUCUUUCAA